UCGAACAAGUCUGUAGCUCCAGGCGGGCGGGCUGAUUCAAAAUAUAACCACACAACAUGGAUUUAAUAUCUGCGCUGCAGUUCUUGAGAUUAAAUGAAAUCCCAAAAGCCUGGGUGGAUGAAGUGUGGGACUUGGAGUUCACCGAGAGGAAACAACUUGAUGACACCAUUGGAGAGGAACUUGUAGUGAUUGGAAACAGGGACUUCAAUAACCUGUACCAGUGUUUAUUGGCCCAUGCUGCUGAUCAACAGCAGUCUGCAGGCAGUGAUGGAGCUUCACAGAGUGUCUGGGCUACUCUGGGGGAAAACGGGGUGUCUGUUAAGACCUUGGUGGCUGUUUUGUCUCUCUUUGUCCUGGCCGGGAAAGUGAAGGCAGCCAACGUCCAGCAGAGAGUGAGCGGUCUGCGUGCUGCUGCCCUCUACCUGCUGCUGCUGGGCAUCCCAGGGAGCAUCGCCAACAAAGUUUUCCAUGAGGUUUUAAUGGACAUGUGUUCAGACAUAACCUCUCAAUGCUGGCCUCAGGACUCUGGAAAGAAGCGCAAGAAAGAUGUCCCAAAGAGUUCUCAGGCAGAGGGCAAGCGCUCCAAACCCCAGAGGAAAGACACUCCAGAGAUGGAAGUAGAUGAAGAAGGGGAGGAGGAUGAGGAGCUUCACUUCUCUGGCCAGGAUUUGAUGAAGAUCAGAGAUGCUGUGGUUUACUUGGUUCAAAGCCUCCUCAGACUCCUGCAGACUUUUCCUCUCAAAGACAGACCACAGAGCGCCAGUAACUGCACACAGAUCUUCAGUAAGCUGCUUUCCUUUGAGCCAGUUGUUGGAGAGGCAACCUUUGCUGCUGUGCAAGAUAUCACCAAGCUGAGGAGUGUUCCUGAGAUGGCUUACUACGGCCUGCGGCUGCUCUGCUCUCCGAAACAUGGAGACCAGAAAGAAUCCCUCCGGAGGGUUUUCCACCGACUUCUCUAUGUCAUCCUGAUGAUGAAUAAAAACAACACAGGGAAGCCUUCCCUCCUCAUACCCAGCCAGUCUGUCCUCUCCACCCGCAACCAGGCCAUCAGUUUUGUUUGUCACCUUGUGGAGGAGCUGAAGGAGCUGGCGCUGCCUUUCCUGCAAAUCCUCCUGCAGCAUAUCUGCUAUCAGAUGGUGGAGAAGAGUGAUUUUCGUAGCCACGGAGCCCAGGCUGUGGGUAUGUUGACGUCACAGAUGGCAAGUCAAGACUACGCCCGCUUCAUCAAGUGGCUGUUUAACUUCUCGAGACACUCAAAGAUGGUGCACCGGCUCUUCUCUGUGGACGUGGUGAUGGUUUUACUGGAGCAGCCAGAAAGGAGCUCUGAGGAUUGUCAGGAUCCAGAGCUUGCUAACUUCCUACCACACAAGUUCCUGAUCCAGAAUCUGCUUUUCACUCGGCGGAUGGACGACUCCCCGACUGUCCAAGGCCACGCCCUCUCCUGCCUGGCCCAGUGUUUGGAGCUGCCUUCAUUUAACGUCACCAGGGCCGUCCACAACCUCUUCUCGCCCACUGCAACCCAGACAGUGUUGGAGAGUGAAAUCACAGAAGAGAGUCACAGUUCCCAGCACACUCAGAAAACCUACCGCACUCUGCCCUUCAGGACCGUGGAGAUCAGCAGCACUGACAGCUCCAGCCUUGAUGCAAAAGAGAACGUGGCUCUUCUCUUGCGGCGUGUGAAAGACUCCAAGGCCAAUGUGAGGAAAUCAGCCCUGCAGGCUCUCAUUGGUCUUCUGAAACACGAUGUGAUCCCAGCCAGCUGGGAGAACUUGUCCACGCUGUCAGAACGCUGCAGAGACCCCGCUGUGUCUGUAAAGAAGAAGGCCCUGCAGUGUUUAGGAGAGCUGCUUGCUGCUAAACCUGAGUGCAGUGCGGUGCAGAAGGCGUGGCUGCAGGGUGUGGUACCAGCAGUGGUGGACUCUGAGAGCUCAGUGCAGGUAAAGGCCCUUGAGGCUCUGGAUCAGGUGCUGCUUAGCCGGAUCAAACCUUACUCUGCCGACCGCUAUAUGGAUGCCAGUCAGAGUCUGACCUGGGCGCUGUUGGACCUGCUCUGCCAGGAAUGCCAGAACCUCAGCCGAUAUUUCAGCAGGGCUUUCACCAUCUGGUCCAAACAGAACAUGUUCACCCCGACAUUCAUCACCAACCUGAUCUCACACACUGAGGCUGAUCACGCCGCUGGGGCCUGGCUGCUGCUCUCCAAGGUGGUCACUUCGUCCUCAAAACUUCCUUAUGGAAAGAUCCUGGAUGCCUGGAACAACAUGAUCACAUCAAAGGGCGUACCAGUGACAACCUGCUGUCACAUCCUGUGUGUAAUGGGAGACAUCGCCGCUCAUUUGAAUGAAGACACCAAAGACAGGAUAGUUAGUGAUCUGAUGUCUUGGUUAAAGACCUUCACUUUGUCUCUGGAGGUGAUCAGUGCUGCUGUUGAGACUCUUCAUCAACUUGGCCACAGUGAGGAUGUCAAACAGACCCAGGCUUUUCUGAACCAGCACUGUGGUGAGCUGGUGUCUGUGUGUGAAGCUUAUCUAGCUGCCAUCAUCCUGAGUGAAAAGGGAAACGAGAACUUGAAUGAAGAGCUUAUGAUAAAACACCUCCACACUCUGGGUGUGGCAUCACUCCACUGUCCUUUAAAGGUUGGCAAGAGGACGGUGCUGCUUGUGGAAUCAGUCCUGACAACACAAUCUGACAGAGUGGCAGAGUUACAGGGAGAGUUACCGGCCUCACAGCCUCUGUCUCAGUUCAGAGCAAACUCUCUGCCCACCAGAGUUAGAGCGCACGGAGUCAUCACCUUAGGUAAACUCUGUCUGCAGCAUGAGGAACUAGUCCAGAAGUACCUGCCGGUGUUUGCCAGAGAGCUGGAGGUUGGCACAGAGGUUGCCGUGCGCAACAAUGUGGUGGUGAUCAUGUGUGAUUUGUGUGUUCGAUACACCAACAUCGUGGAUCACUACAUCCCAAACAUCUCCGCCUGUCUGCAAGAUAAUGAAGCUGUAAUCAGGGAACAGACCCUCAUCAUGCUGACCAACCUGCUUCAGGAGGAGUUUGUGAAAUGGAAGGGGUCUCUCUUCUUUCGCUUCAUGGUGGCCUUGGUCGACCCAAUCCCUGCCAUUGCCAGUUUGUGUGAAUACUGCCUGCUCCACCUGCUGCUAAAGAAGAACCCAGAAAUGUUCAGCAUGCAUUUCAUCGAGUGCAUCUUCCACUUCAACUCCUAUGACCAACACAAGACCUACAACAAGUUCACUCAAAGUGAGAGAGAAAGGGUUAAGUUUUCACUGAAAGGAGCACAGCACCGUGAGAAGCGUUUUAGGAUCUACCGCUUCCUGUUGGAGCACUUCACAGACGCCCAGCGCUUCAACAUUGUCAACAAAAUCAACCAGUCUGUCCUGGCAUGCUUUGCAGACGAGGAGCUGCCACUGGAUGCAGACAGUGUUGAAAUUCUUUCAGAGACCUUUAAAAUUCUGAGUCUGAAGGAGAUGAAGCUGCAGGCUGUAUCUGUUCCAGCAGGAGGCCCAGCAGAGGAGGAACCAGAGGAGGAGAACAUGGCUAACAUGGCCAAAGCUGUCCUGCAGGCUGCACAGAAGAAGGUGGUAUCACAGGUCCAGAAGAAGGCCUUCAUAGAGAACACAGUUCCUCUCAUCAUCGGCCUGAAGAGUCUGCUUGAGCAGAAACGCUCUCCUGUCCUCAGAGACCUUAUGGCAUACCUCCAGGUGACGAUGCAGGAUUACCGUAACGAGGUGAAGGAGUUUUUCUCUGGAGAUGAGCAGCUGGCGGCCGAGCUGGAGUUUGCUUUGAAGACAGCUGAGAGGGAGAGAGAGGUAGAGCAACAAAUAGACAUCUGCAGUCUGGAAGGAGAUGCCAGAACUCCCACUGCACAGGCUCCAGUCCUCGGCUCUUCCAAGUCCAAGCCCCUCCUCCCAUUUACUUUUGCUACUCCACAGCCACGGCGGCCAAAUGUCCUGUCUGCUAGACUGGCUCACACUGACAGGCGUGCUCAAAGAUCCAGGCAGGAGGAAGGUGUCCAGUCUAAGUCAAUCACUCUGGAAAGAACAGUGAUGCCUAAAGGAGUCGUGAAUGACCGAGCCAUCAGCACACCAAAGGGUGUCAACAUUAACCUAACAUUUGAUGAAGGACUGAGUGCCAUCUUCAGUGACCAAGGAAGAACUCCUGUCGGGGAAACCAGUGUUCUACAUGUGAGGUCAAAUGAGCAGCAAGCUCCUGGACUGAGGCAGUGGAAUGUGCAGUCUCCUCUCCGCCAGAAGAGACAAUCAUCUAAACAUUAGUCGACAUACUGUUUCAUUUCUUUUGAUUCAGGUAUUUGUCUUCAAAACAACUUAUUCUCUUCCUACUAACUACAGUUUAACUUCCAUCCCCCUAUUGUAUGUUGGUGUGUCUUUGUCUUCAUCUCUGAUAUGUCUGUGUCACUGCUUGUCUUUUGUAUUUCUGGGUAAUAAAUUGACAUGUCAUAUGA